GCUUCGAGCUGUUGCUUACCAGGUAGCAGCAUCGAUGACAUCGCGGCGAUUCUUCAGUCGCUGUUAUUCAACAUAACGUAGCACCUAUCAAGCCGAACAAUGACCGUCUACACUGCCCACAACAACCAGCCGCUUCGCUCCCGCCGCUCCCGCGAGCUCGACGUCUCCCCCGCCUCCUCGUCCCCCGGCUCCGUCACCCCGCCGGGCGGUGGCGCCACCUCCUCGAGCUCGUCGUCCGCCUUCCUCUCCUCGUCCGUGUCGAGCCUCUGGGGCGGCAUCAUGCGCCGCUUCUCCGGCGAGCCGUCCCCCGCGACCUCGAACCUGACCCUGCCCGCCAGCCUCCCGCACGCGCGGACCUACCAGCCGGACGGCGGUGACCGCAGGCACACGCACGACCACCUCGGGAACGGCGUCGACGGCGUGUACACGCCCCCGCACGUCCUGCAGGCCCAGCGGACCUCGUCGCCGAUGCGGCCGCCGCCGCUGGAGCCGUUGCAGCUUGUCGGGUUUGCCGAGGACACGCGGCCGGAGGCGCGGCUGCUGACGGUGCCCGUCGCCGAGGAGAUCCGGAUCAUGGUGCCCGCGCGGCUGGGCAUCGUGGACGAGUGGCGCUUGGUGUACAGCCUGGAGCAGGACGGCGCGAGCCUCGCGACGCUGUACGAGAAGUGCGCGUGCUACCAGGGAAAGAGAGUUGGGUUCGUGCUGUGCGUGCGGGACUGCGAGGGCGGUCUCUUCGGCGCUUAUCUCUCUGACCACCCGCACCCCGCCCCAAAGUACUUCGGCACAGGCGAGUGCUUCCUCUGGCGCGCCUCCGUGCUCGCCCCUCCCCCACCCCCGCCGGCUCCUUCCGCCAGCAACAACAACAACGACGACGACAACGACCCCCAACCCGGCGUCGCGGCUCCCACAACCACGAUCGCACGGACCCCAACCCCAACAACAACAAAAACAACAACAAAACCGCCAGGCCCGCCGCGCUCCCGCUCGACCACGCCGCAGCCGCAGCCGCAGCCGCAGCCGCAGUCGAUCCGCUUCAAGGCGUUCCCCUACUCGGGCGUGAACGAGUACUACAUGCUGUGCGAGAGCCACUUCCUGUCGCUGGGGGCGGGCGACGGGCGGUACGGCCUGUGGCUGGACGACUCGCUGGAGCGGGGGGUGAGCUCGACGAGCCAGACGUUCGGCAACGAGCCGCUGAGCGACGAGGGCGAGAAGUUCGGCGUCCUGGGCGUCGAGGUGUGGGUCAUUGGCGGGUAGAGCAGCAGAGUAGCGCGGCGCUGCGAGUAGCGCUGCUUGCAACUGUUGCCUGCCAACUACUCUCCUCCUCCUCCUACUACUACUACUACUAGCCUGGGAUAUGGGAUAGAGAGAGGGACGGUCGGUUGGUCUU